CAGACGCUAAUGUCGCAACCAAGUUGUUGACAUUUAUAUGGCUGGUCGCAUCUCCCCGGACUGGUCUUCCGAGGCAACGUUAGCAUAUUGUAGCCAUCUAGCUUUUUCCAAUUGACAAGGAAGUAGCACACUUUUGCAGGUAUGGAUGUGUCAUUGCGGGGUCUGUACUUCAUGUUGACCCUGUUCCUGGGCAUCUUGUUCGGCAGUAUCUUCAUGCUGGGCCCGGUUCUGCCUCUCAUGCUGCUGUCUCCCGCCUGGUACCGCUGGAUCAGCAACCGCCUUAUAGCCACCUGGCUCACCCUGCCUGUGGCCCUGUUGGAGCUGGUAUUUGGGGUGAAGGUGGUGAUUACGGGGGAUGGCUUCAUCCCGGGGGAACGCAGCGUGAUCAUCAUGAACCACCGCACGCGUCUGGACUGGAUGUUCCUCUGGUGCUACCUGCUCAGGUACAGCUACCUGCGCCUGGAGAAGAUCUGCCUCAAGGCUGCCCUCAAAGCAGUGCCUGCCUUCGGCUGGGCCCUGCAGGUGGCCUGCUACAUCUUUGUCCAGCGCCGGUGGGAAGAUGACAGAGAACACAUAGAGAACAUGUUGGAGUACUUCUGCGACAUUGGAGAACCCCUGCAGCUUCUGCUGUUCCCCGAGGGAACCGACCUGACUGAAAACACCAGAGCAAGGAGUGAUGACUUUGCAGAGAAGAACGGCCUUCCCAAGUUCGAGUACGUCCUUCACCCUAGGACCAGGGGAUUCACCUUCAUCGUGGACACACUGAACAAAGGAAAGAACCUGGACGCGAUCCACGACAUCACGAUCGCCUUCCCCCAGAACAUCGCCCAGACAGAGCGCCAACUCAUCCUGGGCCUGUUCCCCCGCGAAAUCCACUUCCACGUGCGCCGCUACCCGGCCUCCUCCCUGCCCACCUCCCCCUCCGAGCUGAACGCCUGGUGCCAGGAGCGCUGGGCGGAGAAGGAGGUCCGCCUCAGGCACUUUUACGCCGGCCAGCCCCGGGCCUUCCACAGGGAGGGGCCGACCCGCGUGCCCCCCUGCAAGACGGAGCUGCGCGUGUCCCUGAUCAAGGCGGUGUCGCUGCUCUACUGGAGCUGCUUCAUCCCCCUGUGCAUGGCCGGGCUGUGGCUGUGGCCCAUGCUGCGGGUCUACUUCCUGCUGAUGGUGGCGGUGUACAUGGGCCAGCUGAGGCUGGGGGGAGGGCUGGAGCUGCUGGAGCUGGCCUGCCACCGCUACUGGACGUCCGUGGCCAGGGACAGGAAGAAGAAGGACCUGCUGGAGGGGAAGAAGGAGGGAUGAUGAG